AUGGCGGAUUCGGGUUGUCUUGUCAGCGAAAGCUCCGAAAAACUGUCAAAUUCUCCCUCUUUAAAAAGAAGCAAGCAACUAAAAGCACACAAAUCACAAAGAAUAGCCAAAGAUGUGUUUGACAUAGAAACAACAGUUUGUAGGGCUAUGUGUAUGAUCGAUUUCGGAUUCCCAGUUUGUUAUAUUUACAACCCGAUUGAAUACGCUUCUGAGACGCACAUAAACUUUUUGGACAAAUACUGUACUAGUACUAAGAAAGUUUUGUUCCUUGGUAUGAACCCAGGCCCAUUUGGAAUGGCACAGAACGGGGUUCCUUUUGGAGACACUAGUUUUGUAAAAGACUGGCUUGAAAUUGAUGGUGAAGUAAGAAAACCGCUGAAAGAGCACCCAAAGAGACCAAUUCUAGGUCUAGACUGCAAAAGAAGUGAAGUUAGCGGCUCAAGAUUAUGGGGCCUGAUAAAACAAUUGUGCAAAACACCAGAAGUAUUUUUUAGCAGCUGUUUUAUUCACAAUUACUGCCCACUAGUAUUUAUGAAUGAAUCAGGUAAAAACAUCACUCCUCCGAACCUUCCUGUUGAACAAAGAAAGCAGCUAUACAACAUUUGCGACCAGGCACUAAUUGAAAUGGUAGAGCUACUAGGGACUGACACCGUUGUAGGGAUUGGCAAGUUUGCAGAGGGGCGUUGCCGAUCUGUACUGAAGGAUUCAAGUAUAAGGGUUUACCCAUUGAUGCAUCCUAGCCCAGCAAGCCCUAUAGCUAAUGCAGGGUGGUCAGAAAUUGCAAUGAGACAACUACAAGAGGCAGGGUUAAUGCAAGUUCUUAUUGUGGAUUGAAAGUACAGUGCAGUACAGUGAUGGAUAAUUAUUUAUAGUUGGUGAUCAUUUUUAUAGACUAAUGAAAAAAGGAUGAACAAGAUAAUUAAAUUCUGAGUAAGAAGGUAUUGAGAUUGACUUGUUUUUAGUUAGACAGUUUGAUAAUAUAUGAAUAAAUAUUGAUUGUCUAAAUGAGACUAGACCAAUAUACAGGAGACAAAAAACAUAUAUAAAAGUUAAAAUAUUUCAUUUUUUUUAUUUAAAAAAUUCAAAUAUUAUGAUACACAAAGUGUAUAAUUUAUCAACACUCAACCAUGAAGGAAAAUAGCUAUUCCAUGCAAUUAAUGAAAAGUUAGAGUGCUUGGAAAUUCAUCAGAAUUACCACCUCUCGAUGUAAAAGCUAGUCUUCCAUAGACACUCAUCAUUUAAUUCAACAAAUAAUGAAUAAAAUAGUAAAUAAGUUAAAAUUCCACUAACUGGCAUUACAUGCAUUCAUUCUAUAAUGAAUAAUAAUUAUAAAAUCUAUAAUAUUCAUUUAUAUUUCAAUUUGUUUCGUACAUAGCAUACAAUCUCUUAGUUCAUUGACAUUUUCAUAAGCAAUACUCUUUAUAUUAUUCUAAGGCAAGGCAUUACACAUGCUACUGUUUAAAAAAAAAUCAAAUUUGAAUAAAUAAGUAAAAAUACUGUUGUAGUAUUUUGGUCGCAUCAUUCAUAAAGAUGAUGGUGGUGAAAUGAUGUGUGAUUCCUUGGACAUAGCUAUCAAUAGCAACACAUGUUUAAAAUCUUGACAGAGCAAGUAAUUGAUGUACAUUUUGUUUACUUUUGGUGAUAUAAUUUGUAGCCUUUUGUGUUAAUAAAAUCCAAAACUGCUACUACUGUGA